GUUGAUGUGCGUGUGCUUGCUUACGGCCCAUGUGCUUUUAUCAUUCCUACCUUUUCUACUCAAGAAAAUUGAAGGUUCAGGGAACUGCAAAGCUAUUAAGCAUCUAUAUUACUUGAUUGAAAAGGAUGUCUACAGUUUGCUGCAAAUAAGACUGAAUAAGACCAUCCUCCCCGGUGUCUGUUAGUUUCCCACGGAGCAAGAAAAUUUGGACGCGAAAAUGAGACUCGACAUUGAAGGCCUUAUCGUGCACUUUCCCUACGAGUAUAUCUACCCUGAGCAGUAUUCUUACAUGGUUGAGCUGAAAAGGGCGAUCGAUGCAAAGGGUCACUGCUUGCUGGAAAUGCCUUCAGGCACUGGAAAGACAGUAUCUCUUCUCGCGUUGAUCGUGGCCUACAUGAGGCAGUAUCCCAGUGAACUCUGCAAACUGGUCUACUGCUCUCGAACUGUGCCUGAAAUCGAGAAGGUGCUGGAGGAACUGCGUCGGCUACUGCAGUACUACGAGGAGCAGUUUAAAGAAAAGAUUCCAAUCACGGGCGUAGUGCUCAGCUCGAGGAAAAACCUGUGCAUCCACAAGGACGUGCGUCAGGAGAAGGAUGGCAAGAUCGUGGACGGCAGGUGCCACAACCUGACAGCGUCGCACGUGCGCGAGCGUCACUUGACUGACGACUCAGUCCCUGUCUGCACCUACUUUGAGGAUUUUGAGGACUACGGAAAUGAAAGUUAUCUCGAACCAGGCGUCUACACCCUUGAUGAUUUGAAAAGCUACGGUGCUAAGAAAGGCUGGUGCCCUUACUUCAUCGCCAGACACGCUGUUUCAUAUGCGAACAUUGUGGUUUACAGUUACCAUUACCUGCUUGACCCAAAAAUUGCCGAGAUCGUAUCUAAGGACAUUCCGAAAAACUCUGUUGUUGUUUUUGACGAGGCUCACAAUAUUGACAAUGUUUGCAUUGAUUCUAUGAGCGUGAAAAUCACAAAGAGGAUUAUUGAAAGAGCUUCUGCUAAUCUACUGGACUUGGCAAAAACCAUCAGACACAUGAAAGAAGUUGGUCCAAGAAGGCUGACAGAAGAAUAUCAGAGGAUGGUAGAUGGUCUUAGAGAAACGCAGCAGGCGCGAGAAACAGAUAUGGUGUUGGCCAACCCUGUUUUACCUGACCAAAUUCUACAAGAGGCGAUCCCCGGAAACAUCCGAGAUGCUGAGCAUUUUGUUGGAUUCCUACGCAGAUUUGUCGAGUAUUUGAAGAUUAGGCUUAGAGUGCAGUUUGUCGUGCAAGAGAGCCCAGCUGGGUUUCUAAAAGAUAUAAUGCAGAAAGUUUGCAUUGACAGAAAGCCACUGAGAUUUGCAGCUGAGCGUCUGGCGUCACUCUUGAAAACCCUCGAAAUCGCUGACCAGACUGACUUUUCAGCAUUAGUGGUUGUGUCCCAUUUAGCUACUCUGGUGUCAACAUACACUAAAGGCUUCAUCAUCAUUGUCGAACCAUUUGAGGAUAAAACGCCAAACAUUCCAAAUCCAAUCCUCCAUUUCCGCUGUCUAGAUGCGUCCAUUGCGGUGAAACCAAUUUUUGAUCGGUUUCAAACUGUCGUCAUUACCUCAGGCACACUCUCUCCUCUGGACAUGUACCCAAAAAUCCUGGAUUUCCAACCUAAAGUCAUGACGUCCUUCUCAAUGACUUUGGCCAGACCCUGCUUACUGCCAAUGAUUGUAUCCAAAGGCAACGAUCAAGUGGCGAUUUCGUCAAAGUUCGAGAGUCGAGAGGACCAAUCCGUGGUUCGAAACUACGGCCAGCUGCUGGUGGAGAUCGUCAAGAUUGUGCCAGACGGUGUGGUUUGCUUCUUCACUUCCUACCUGUACCUUGAGAGCGUGGUGGCCGCGUGGUACGAUCAGGGCAUCGUGACCACCCUGCAGAGGCACAAACUGCUGUUCAUUGAGACUCAAGACCCUGCAGAGACAAGCCUGGCAUUGCUCAAUUACAUCAAAGCCUGUGAACGCGGCAGGGGCGCGAUUUUGCUGUCGGUGGCGCGAGGAAAGGUCAGCGAGGGAGUUGACUUCGACCACCACCUCGGCAGGGCCGUGGUCAUGAUUGGAAUCCCGUAUGUGUACACGCAGUCGAGGAUUCUCAAAGCCCGCCUCGAGUAUUUGAGGGACACAUUUCAGAUUAGGGAGAAUGAUUUUCUGACGUUUGACGCUAUGAGACACGCCGCUCAGUGCGUUGGAAGAGCUAUCAGAGGCAAAACUGAUUAUGGCAUUAUGAUAUUUGCUGAUAAGCGGUUUUCGAGUGAAGACAAAAGGUCGAAACUACCUAGAUGGAUACAAGAAUAUCUUACUGACAACCUUGUCAACUUAUCGACUGAAGAAUCGAUUCAGUGUGCGAAGAGAUGGCUGAAGCAGAUGGCCCAGCCAUUCACAAGAGAGGAUCAGCUGGGAAUUUCACUUUUGACUCUAGAACAGUUGCAGAAAGAAGGUGUCGAGAAUAUUCAGCAGAAAGCCCGCCAGAAGAUCAAAUAAUAUUGUAAUCUAACAUUUAGAUUUUUGAAUAAAAUUUCAUUAAAAUAAUUAAA